AUGUCACCUGCCCGCACAAAUCUACUAUCUCUUCCUGUUGAACUCUUGGAGACGAUUACGCUCUACCUAGAGUACGCGUAUGAGAUCAGCUCCCUCGCGCAAACAUGUCGACGGCUCUAUGACGUUGCCAAUUACCAUCUUUUCCAGUCUUAUGCCGCGGAUUGUUCCCUGCAAGGAUUUGAGCGCAUUGUGAAGAGCAACAACGUAGAUGCACUACGCAAGCUCUGGGACAAUGGUUUCCAAUUCGGGGAGUACUCUGACGCAACAGAUCAUUCAUCACCAAUUCUAUUGACUGCUGAUCCGGAUCUCCCAGAAAUGGCCGAGUUGCUGGUAGCCUGUACCGAAGCCUUUCUAGGUGAUCGUCGCUGUCUGUAUGAUAUCGAAUUGUUUGAGGAUGACCUCGCAACGACACUUUGCCGCGCCGCAAGAAAAGGCAGCCUGGGUGUUUUGGAAGCACUUACAUCUUCUAAGGCAGUAAAAGAGGCGCUAAAGAUAUCGGUCCUGCCGUCUGCGGUUGAAGAAGGCCAGUUAGCCUCGGUUAGGUACUUGAUCGAAAAGGGAGGAGUUGAUGUUAACACGCCAUUCCCAGGCGGAAUCCUCAAGCGAUGUGCAUAUCAGGGCAACUUGGAGAUGGUUAAGUUUCUCGUGGAGGCUGGUGCUGAUCUCGAUAAGCCGAUCUUCAAGCACGCUAUAAACUCCCCUAUUCAUAUCGCUGCGGCCAGUCACCAUGAAGAGGUAGUACAGUAUUUGAUUGAGAUGGGUAUGCGCCUCACUUGUUUGAAACUUUCUGACCUUGCGGACUUUGUGGAUCAUUACCGGUAUCCAAACUUGCCCGUCACAAACAUUAUUAAUGGGAAUGACCUUAGGACAAUGUUCCCUGAUGUCGGGGAUGACCCCGAGAUCAAAUACUACUUCUAUCACAUGAUCGUACUUUGCAACGAUCUUCCUCUCUAUCAAGAAGUUUCGGCAAUGUGGGGUUCCUCCGCUGAGUGGGACCAUCUACCGCAUUGUUUUGAACUCGCUGUCCGACAGGAAAAUUUGCCCCUUGCGCGAUACUUCCUGGAUGAAAUCACUAAACGUCAAACUUGGAGAGACGACUGGUCAAAGCUCUGCUUUUCUACAUUCAAAAGUCGGGGUGCCCUCUUCUUUGAUAUGUUGCUGGAUCAUGGUACCCCAGAUCCAUCAGAUCCCGAUGAGAGCUGGUUUCGAAGACUGCUUGACAACGCUAGGAAUUAUCCUGAGCACAUCAAGGUCCUCCUGCGGCGUGGAUAUCUGGGCGACAUAAAGGCUCCUCAUACACUCAAAGAAAUCCUUAUUGGCGCGUUUAAAGCCAACGAUCUUGCGUUUGUUUCGCGCAUAAUAGAGCACGGCGAAUUGAGCCUCCUCAACCCGCUCGAUAGUCCGCGGCUUUACGACCAUGAGCAAACUGCCCUCCAAAUUGCAGCAUACUCCAGCUCCUUAGAAACCUUCCGCGGAUUCCUGUCUGCACAUGAUCUAGCACUGGACCCGAGUCAUCCCAUCCAUUGCUCUGCACUGGUCAGUGCAGCUCUGGGAGCAAACGUCGAUGUGAUCGGGUAUUUUCUAGGAGAAGGAUUCGACGUUAAUGCUUUGUACUCAUUGUCGGCAAUACGAAAGAACAAACCAGCUGAAGCUUUGAUAAUUCAUGUCGCCAAAGCGUGGUUUGUUGAAAUAUUACAGUAA